CGGGCGCGGCGAGCGCAGUUGGGGCUUCGCAGGCAGCCAGGAUGGGGCGCAGCGCGGGGCUGAUCCUGAUGGCCGCGAUGGUGUUGGGCGCCGCCGCCGAGGCGCUGCCAGACGAUUGCUACCUGCCCAAGGUGGUGGGGCGCUGCCGGGCUGCCUUCCCCCGGUGGUGGUUCAACGCCUCCAGCCAGGCCUGCCAGGAGUUCAUCUAUGGCGGCUGCCGGGGAAACGCCAACAAUUUUGUCUCAGUCGACAAGUGUCGCCAGAUCUGCGCUGCAGAUGGCAGCAGGGGGGACACAGAAGGAGAAGCAGCAGGACCCACCAGCAAGGCCGCGUCUGGAUCCGGCCACCGCCGUCUGCCGGGAGACGACCGAAAGGGCUUCCAAGAGUUCUGCGCUGCCCCCCCAGAGGUAGGCCGCUGCCGCGGAGCCUUCCCCCGUUGGCACUUUGACCUUGAGACCCGGACCUGCAAGAUGUUCAUCUAUGGCGGCUGCGGGGGCAACAAGAACAACUACGACUACGAGGAGCAUUGCCUCCAGUGCGCCAGAGACGGAGACUUAACGGAAGAGCCGUUGGAACCCAACCAGCACAGCCACCUCUUCCCGGACCCCAUGAUGCACUCCACCAGAGCGGUGGUGCUGGCGGUGCUGCUGGCCCUGAUGGUGGCCGCCCUUCUGGGCUCCAUGGUGCUCUUCCUGGUCAAGAUCUGCCGGAGGAACUCACAGCUGAGCCUGGGGCCGGUAUGGACCACCCUGGACGACAAGGAGUACCUGAUGAGCAACGCCUACACCCUCUGAGUGCCAGGGGCAGGCGGGCUCCCUCUGGCCGGCUGGGGCUCCAGCUGCAUGUAAAUAAUGGAGGCGAGGGGCUCUCCCCCCACCCUACCCGUCCCCUCUCUGGGGCCAGCUUUGUAGAACACACUUGGAUUAUAAAUCUCUCCCAGGGAGGGGGCUCCUUUCUCAUGACGCUGGUUGUCUCUCCAAGUUUGCUCUCCCCUUCUCUUCUAAGCACAGCCGCCGGGAGCAGGAACACGGGCAGGGGGGGGGCUAUAUCUGGGGCCCCAACUCCCCGGAAAGGUUACUUGAAGCAUGGGGGAGGCCUGUGCCCCAAACAUGGAAGGGAAGGGUGCCUGGGCAAAUGGGAGAGCCCCAAGAUGCAGGGCCUGCCCCCUCCCCCAUUUAUCACAGCCCCCCUCCUCAAUGCCACAGUCUGCAAGCAGUGCAAGUUGGGGGGCGCUUCCCCAGCCUUGGGAUCCGCUGCUGUUCCCAGAUUCCCGUGGAUCUUGUCUGUGGGAGAUUCUCAACACAGGCGGUGAAGCCCAGUUGUUACAGCGAAUGGUGGGAGUUUUUUUUUUUGGGGGGGAGCACAACGCUGGAGUCUCCAAAUCCGUGAAGCUGUGACUCCUCACUGCAGGGUAGAGGUAUGAAGGUAGAGAGGGAGAAAUUGGCCAGGCGGGGGGGGGGGCUCUUCUCCCCCUCCCCAAUGGUACGAAAUUUUGCUUUGUAGGGGAGGGAGCGAAGCGUCUCCCACUGAAUGUUCAUUCCCCUGCCCCAGUGUUCACAGCGCUGCUCCUGAGAGUUGGGCGGGGGGAGAGAGAGAGAGAGAGGUCAAAGUCUCUGUCGGGUCAGGAAUGCCCUGGUUCUGCCUGGGCACGGCCUUUGGUGUGCCACGAUGUGCCCUGGUGUAGGGGUGAGGAGCAGGGAGCGGCCUGUAUUUUUGUGGACUUUGCCAUCUGCUUUAUGGCCUCUUGUUGCGAGGGGGUGGGAAGCGAUGGUGGCUGCUGUUGCUGCUUCCAGGGAGACUCCAGCCAUUUCUCACAACCCCAGACAGACCCCACUGGGUGCUCUGCUUGCCCAAAAGGGGACUGGCCCUGCUCUCCGCAGAAAGACACUCCCCAGGCAGGCAGGAUGAUUCCCCCCUUGCAAGGCCUGCUUUGCUUUGGCCCCUUCCGCUCCUACCUGAGCUGCUCCUGCCUUGUCCUCCCCUUUUGUUUUGGAUCAAUUGAAGUGAGUUCUAGUUUUACGUUUGCUGGAGAGGCCUUUCCUCUCUGCCCUGCUCUUUGUCUGAACUGCUGCUGCUGUAGCCGCCUUCUCUUCCUUCCGCCUGCAGCUUCCCCAUCCAUCCCUCCAUCCUGUCCCCUUUCUGGGGGCAGAACCAGCCUCUCCUCUCUCUCCUGGCCUUCCCAGGUGUGCUUUCCUGGUGUGGCCUCUGGUCCCUGCCACAGAGUCAUUGCAGCAGCAGGAGCUUCAGGAGAAAAAAAUAAUGGGAGGCAGGUUUUCAUUUUGGUCCAAGUCCUCCUCUGUGGCCUUGAAAUCAUCUUGUGCUUCUGGGACAGGCUUCACUGAACAGGUCUGCCUCUUCCUGAUCUUUCAGGCACCAUCAGGCUCCAGCUGCAGGGCUGGCAGGCGGGAGAAACAGGCAGGCCACUUCCUUGAGAAUCGUGGAGCCUGCCUGCCUGCCUGCCUGCCUGCCUGCCUGCCUGCCUGCCUGCCUGCCUGCCUGCCUGCCUGCCUGCCUGCCUGCCUGCCUGCCUGCCUGGGAGAUGAGGCUGCUGGACCUCCUCCUCUGGAGAAAACAAGGAACUGACACCCACUUAUUUCCCCCCCCUCGUGCCCCCAGGAGCUGGAGCGACUGCCCUGCAAGGCAGACUCCCUCCCUCCCUCGCUCUGAGGCUGCUUUUGUUCUGCCGGACCGGGACCCUUCCUCGCCUCCAGACAAGCCGAAGCAGCUCCCCACCCCUUGGUGAGCAGCUAUGGUGUGCCUCUCUCUGAGCAAAAUCCAACUUGUGUGUAGCAUUGAGUGGGUUUUUAUACUUUUUUAAAAAAUUGAAACUUGAUUGUGUUGAAUUUUUUGGAAUUGUUCUUUUAAUUGCCUUUUAAAAUCUGGAAGGUCUUUGAAUAAAACAGAUCAAACUCUU